AGGGUGAUAGUGAGACGGUGAAUCCUUACUCCUGAUCUCAGGUGUAGAGACAGACCUGACAGAGUGCCAUAGCAUCAUAAUAUAGCAUAACCUCAUAGAUAACGCUUUUAUCUCUUGUAGUAUGUUAAAAUGUGUCAAUUCUCUUGUAAUAUGUUAAAAUGUGUCAAUUCUGUUGCAGUAUGUUAAAAUGUGUUAGUUUGCUUGUGUUGAUUUGUUUGGUGGAGAGCUCAGACUACAGGAAAUGCGGUUACUUUAAACGCAACACACUCCGCUGCAACAAGGACCAGUUAGGAGCAGUACCACAGAACAUACCACCCUACAUCACUAGUCUAACGAUUAAGUAUGAUGAUUUGAGGGGAGGAUUUACCUUCCCAGCCCACAAACGUCUCAGAAAACUGUACUUGGUGAACGUAGAGAUUGGAAGAGAAAUACCUCGUCUAGCAUUCGCCAAACUAAAGGAACUUCACGACCUGCGAAUACAAUAUUUACCGAAGGCGGGACAGAACUUGACUAUUCACCCUGAAGCAUUCCACGGUUUGAAGAAGCUGGUUACGAUAAGACUGUUUAACCUGGGUGUGUCCUCCUUGCCUGACAACAUGUUUAAAGACAGCUCCAAACUUAGGCAAAUAUAUAUAACGGGGACCAAUAUAAACAGGAUAGGAAGAAACACUUUCUCUCCGCUCAGUCGCGUACAACAGCUAAGUCUGAUGUUCAACAAGAUCGCCACCAUAGAAGACGGAGCCUUUGACUGUGUGGAUGAAACAUACAGGGACCCUAGAAUAUACCUGUCCAACAAUGAACUCGAAACAGUCCCAACAGAAAUCUCUCACGACAAGAUUAAAUUGAAGAUCCACGAUAACCCGAUACUGUGUGACUGCAAUCUGAAGAUCCCGGAAUCCUUUACAGACAAGAAAGCGAGGUGCAAGGGACCUGCAGACCUCAGCGGAACUGCUUUAGUGGACCUCGUCGGCAAGACUAUCGAAUGUGUUUGCUACCCUCCGGAUAUAAGGAACGGGGACACAGAACCAAGCUCUUCUCUACAGCCUGGAGCUACACUGCAGAUAUUCUGUUCUGAAGGGUACAGUCUUAGUGUUAUGCCUAACAUUGUCUGCCAGGAGGACGGCACUUUCGGGGAUACUGCCAUACCUGAGUGCAUAGAAGAUCGAGUAGAGCCGGAGGAGCUGGAGGACGGAUCACUUCUGAUAAUCAGCAAUGCUUUCUCAGUCUACCCGAACCCAAUCACUCUGAGAUGUCCUACUGAAACUGUCGUAAAAAGUUGCAAGUGCGCGCAGUUUUACUGCCAAGGAGUGGUUUUAGAAGACACUUCUUGUAGAGUGUACGCUGCUCCGGGGAACGCUACUAAAGGAGAACUGAUCUGUAUCCCUAAUGAUCUAGUGUUAGAUCACUACACUUACGAUUUGACGGAAGACAUCGAACAUUUCGCGGCAUGUAGGCCCUCCUAUCAAAUGACUGCUUGCACAAACUACAACUCCAUGGAUAGAGUAGCUACUGAUCAUGGAGUUCUGGAUCAAGAUAUGAGUGGAAUAUGUAGAGUUGACUGCGGUAACAUUGACUGUGACCUCUACAUAAGAUGCCUAAUCAUUAUUGAAAAGAAGAAAUGUGACAAGUUUUCCAUCUAUAUGGGAAGUGUAACUAAAGAAGGAGUGGAAAUGACAGCAUCUUCUAAAUUCGAGGAGGGAGAUGUAGUGACCAUCACGUGUAAUGAAGGGUACGAACUUUUUCUACCAGACGAGGGGGUGGAGGUGACACAGACCACUCUCUCCUGUGUAGAGGGAGAGAUAUACAACCCUCCAGAGAUCCCAGAGUGCUUUGAAAUAAUACCAGAGUGUGAGCUAGCCCCAAUAGAGAGCGUAGUAGCGUAUCCAAGCUGGACAGUGCUGGAAAGGAGCUCUAUAACCCUGUCUUGUAGGGUUGGUUACGAGGGGGAACAGGAGAUCAUCAGCUGUGAGAGAGGGGGGACCUUCAACCAGCCCCAGAUACAGUGCACCAAGAAAGUGCUUGCGGAGUGUUACGUAGAGGCGGUGCCGCACGCGACUAUAACCCUGACAGACGGCAGCAGACUAGAGGAGUUCACAGUAGUGGAGGGUACAGUGGUUAUAGUGAACUGUCAGAACGGAUACCAACCCUCCACCUACAGGGACCGGCUCACUUGUCUCCGUGACGGACAGCUCAGUGACGACAUGCCUUCCUGCAUCAAAGCUGUCGAUCCAGAUGAAAUGAAGUGUUCGGUACCGCUGCUACAGAACGGCUUUGUUGAGAACUACACCUCCGGAGACGAGAUCAGUACAGGAACUGUAAUAACCUUCCAGUGCAAGGAGGGCUUUAAGUUCCACAAUCCUAACAGCAUAUCUCUGAAGUGCGUUUCUAAUCAGUUCUUUGAACCAAACAGACUGCCCAGAUGUAAAAAGGUGGAGGUUAGGUGCGAGGUACCGGAGUUAGAGAACGGUUACUACAGCGGUUACAGGACAGGGGAGAGUAUACUCCUGACAGAGGUACUAUGGCCAGCAUGCGACUACGGGCACGACCUGUAG